CUCCCCAGAGUAAGGCCCACGGCAGCUCCUUCGCACAUCGGGGUGAGCUGCAGCGUGCCAAGAGGAUUGUGGUUAAGCUUGGUAGUGCUGUGGUCACCCGUGGGGAUGAGUGCGGUUUGGCUCUGGGGCGGCUGGCUUCCAUUGUGGAGCAGGUGGCAAUGCUGCAGAGUCAAGGCAGGGAGAUGCUGAUCGUCACCAGUGGAGCCGUGGCCUUCGGUAAACAGAGAUUAAAACAUGAGAUCCUGCUGUCCCAGAGCGUCCGACAGGCACUGCAUUCUGGAAACACUCAACUCAAAGACAUGUCUGUGCCGGUUCUGGAGGCCCGAGCCUGUGCUGCAGCAGGACAGAGUGGCCUGAUGGCCCUGUAUGAGGCCAUGUUCUCCCAGUACAGCACGUGCACUGCUCAGGUCCUGGUGACAAAUCUGGAUUUCCAUGAUGAUGAGAAGAGGCAGAAUCUCAACAGCACGCUGCAGGAGCUGCUGCGCAUGAACAUCGUCCCCAUCAUCAACACCAACGAUGCUGUGGUACCCCCGCCAGAACCCGACAGCGACCUGCAGGGGGUGAUCAGUAUAAAGGACAAUGACAGCCUGGCAGCACGCCUGGCUGUAGAGAUGAAGGCCAAYCUGCUCAUCGCUCUGUCUGAUGUGGAAGGGCUUUACAACAGCCCUCCUGGAACAGACGAUGCAAAGCUCGUUGACAUCUUCUACCCCGGAGACCAGCAGUCCAUCACCUACGGCACAAAGUCCAGAGUUGGGAUUGGAGGCAUGGAAGCCAAGGUCAAGGCAGCUCUUUGGGCCUUGCGGGGUGGCACCUCUGUGGUCAUAGCUAAUGGCACUAACCCCAAAGUGACAGGUCACGUCAUCACUGAUAUAGUGGAGGGCAAGAAAGUGGGAACCUUUUUUUCUGAAAUAAAACCUGCAGGCCCAUCUGUGGAGGAGCAGGCAGAAAUGGCCCGAAACUCUGGAAGAACCCUGGCAUCUCUACAUCCAGACCAGAGAAGUGAGAUCGUUUGCCACCUAGCAGAGAUGUUGACUGAGAGGAAGGAAGAAAUUCUGGCUGCAAACAAGAUGGACAUGGAGGUAGCUGUCAGUGCAGGUCAUUUGCCCUCAGCCAUGCUGAAGCGUCUGAGCCUAACGUCAGCCAAACUUAACAGUUUGGCUGUAGGCCUGCGUCAGGUAGCUGUGGCAGCCCAGGACAGCGUCGGUCGAGUUCUGCGAAGGACCAGGGUGGCGCAUGGUCUAGAACUAGAGCAGAUUACUGUACCCAUUGGGGUUUUUCUGGUCAUCUUUGAGGCCAGACCCGACUGUUUGCCACAGUUGUCAGCCCUAGCCAUUGCCAGUGGGAAUGCUCUUCUGUUGAAAGGUGGCAAAGAGGCUGCCAACACCAACAGUGUCCUGCACCGUCUGAUUCAGGAAGCCCUCUUUGUGCAUGGAGUCCAAGAGGCUGUACAGAUGGUGAGCACCCGUGAGGAGGUGGCGGAUCUUUGUCGACUGGACAAGAUGAUUGACUUGAUUAUCCCCAGAGGUUCGUCCCAGCUUGUGCGAGACAUUCAGCGAGCAGCCAAGGGCAUCCCGGUGUUGGGUCACAGUGAGGGGAUCUGCCAUGUCUACGUCGACGCAGACGCCAGCAUCGACAAAGUCCUAAAGAUCGUCAGAGACUCCAAGUGUGACUACCCAGCUGCAUGUAAUUCCAUGGAAACUCUGCUGAUUCACAGGAGCAUCCUUAGGACGCCUCUGUUUGACCAGAUAAUUGAUAUGCUGCGCAACGAACGGGUAAAGAUUCAUGCAGGUCCUCAGUUAAUUUCUUACCUGACGUUCAGUCCAUCGGAGGUCACAUCCCUGCGCACAGAGUACGGUGACCUGCAGUGCUGUCUGGAGGUGGUGGACAGCAUGCAGGAAGCUGUGGAUCAUAUACACAAAUAUGGCAGCUCCCACACAGAUGUUAUCAUCACAGAAAAUAAGGAGACAGCUGAGCAGUUCCUGCAGCAGCUGGACAGCGCCUGUGUUUUCUGGAACGCUAGUUCACGAUUUGCUGAUGGCUAUCGGUUUGGACUCGGAGCAGAGGUCGGUAUCAGCACAGCCCGUAUCCAUGUCCGGGGCCCAGUAGGCCUCGAGGGGCUGCUCACUACCAAGUGGGUCCUGAGAGGCGACGGGCACACAGCAGCUGAUUUCUCUGAGCACGGCGAUAUGAAGUACGUCCAUGAAAACCUGCCAGUGGGUCAAACUUUAGCUGAACAGAGAAACAGCAGCUAGACCAGAGAGUCUGAUGGCUUUCAGAAGUUGAGACCACGAUGUCACUAUUUAAAUCUCUUAAACUUUGAUUUAUUAUACCAGCACAAUCAGACAGAUGUUCCCUGUUGGCUUAUUGUCUUGUUAAAGUAGGGUUAGCUUUUUUAGCUGUUCUCAAUUAACGUCAGUGGUUCAUAUCAAAGUGAACUUCAUAGAUACAAAUGUUAAAUACUUAUUUCAGGUCAUUUUGAUGAUAAUUGCCUAAAGCUAAUGAAAACACAAAAUGCAGUUUCUCAGAAAAUCAGAGUAUUAUAAACGGUCAUAAGUUACGAUAUCUGGUUUAAUGACCAUGAUGCUCGAUUGGUCAGAAAACUCACCUGACCUGAACCCACCAGAGAAUCUUCAGGGUAGAGUCAGGAGGAAGAUGAGACACCAAACCCAACAAUGCUGAGCUGGAGGAUGCUAUUAAAACAACCUGAACUUCUAUAACCUUUCAGCCUUAUAUGGUUAUGGUAGAAUUAUCGAUGCAGUGUCAGCAAAAGGAGCCCAGACCAAAUAUUUAUACUAUACAGUACAUGGACAGUCUUUUCAGCUGACCAACAUUUCUUGAUUUCAGAAUCAUUUUUGGUCAACUUAUUUGACAGUUUAAUUAUCUGUGAGCCCAAAUCAUCCAAAUUAACAGGAAAAAAAACAUCUGAAUUCAUCACUUUGUAAAACUAAGCUAAAUAUUUAGUUUUUUAAAAAUAUUCAAAUUUUCUGAGAGGCACCUGUACUUUUACAACAAUGAAUGAAUAAGAAAAAAAUCUACCUUUUAAUGUUAAACUAAAAACACAUCUAUCAAAAAAGUAAACUAUUUUGAUGAAUCAUGACCUAAUUUUGGAAAUGAAUUUUAAUUCCAAUGAAUGUCUUUAUUUUGGGAAAAAUAUUCCACAACUGGCAGUAUUUUGCUUAUGAGCAUGUUUUAAAUUUCAUUUGCAACAUGUAUAUUUAUUUUUGCAGUCUUCACAGACUCCAAACAAGAACUCUUUAUAAAUAAUAAUUAAACUCUGACACUCGAAUACUACUUGAAUGAUUGAAAAUGAUGAAAAUUAUUUAAUAAAUACACAUUCAAAAAACAAA